CGUUCUCCGAUCUCCCUGCGCAUCUGCCGCUUCCUCGUUUUCAUUCUCUCUCCUCUCUAGAGAGAGGGGAGGGCCAUAGCGUUCCUUUAUUUCUCCUCCUGCGUCAUUUUCUCCUUCCUUUCUGAUCUUCUUCACUGUCUCCGGGAUUCAGAUCGCUCCUCUUCUGGGUACACCCGGAGCGCAGGAGAGGGAGCGAGCUAGAAGAGAGGUUUCUUAUGCACCAGUUGUAAGAUUUUGUUUCUGGAAUCAAGACUAUAUUCUAGAUGUGCCUCUGAACAUUGACUAUAUUGUUUCACUAUGUGGAGUUUCGCUUCAAAUGUCAUAUCUGGAAAUGUCAAGUGUGAAAAGCCUAGAGAAUGUGGCUCUGAUUGCUCGGAUGAUGAGGCUUCCUCAUGUAUCAGCAGAGAGGAAAGGCUAGAAUGCCCGGUUUGUUGGGAAUCCUUCAACAUCGUGGAGAACGUACCCUAUGUUUUAUGGUGUGGCCACACACUUUGUAAAAAUUGUGUACUUGGGCUACAAUGGGCUGUUGUGAAAUUCCCUACCCUUCCAGUGCAGCUUCCACUCUUCAUUUCUUGCCCAUGGUGUCAAUUAUUGUCAUUUCGCCUGGUCUGGAAGGGAAAUCUCAAGUUUCCCCGCAAGAAUUUUUUCCUUCUUUGGAUGGUGGAAAGCAUGAAUGGUGACAGGAUGAAAUCUCUUUCAGAUCUAUCUGGUGAGAGAGGGGCCAGUUGGCCUUCGAAUGUCAACCAGCCUUCUGUUGGUCACGUUAGCCAUCAUGGUAGAAGGACAACUCCGAUGCGUCAAGAGCAGCUACACCGAGGUCGGGAUCAUGAUCGCCAACUUCCUGAUUACCUAAACAUAGAGUGGCUGCACUCAUCAUUCCGCAAGUCACUGGUUUUCUUCAUGCACCUGACAGCUAAGUUUCCACUUGUUCUUAUAUUCCUGUUGAUUGUGCUCUAUGUGAUACCUGCUAGUGCUGCAAUCCUGGCUCUUUACAUCAUCAUCACGAUCCUGUUUGCGCUGCCAUCUUUCCUGAUACUUUAUUUCGCAUAUCCUAGUUUGGAUUGGCUGGUCAGAGAGAUUGUCACAUAGCAAAUCUCCAUUCUUGGAAUGCUUAUAUCAUCACGACCUUGCCUCUCUAUGCUACCUUAUAAGCAUAUAGAUGUUUGAUAAUUAAUGCUUGUGAUGAAAAUUCGACGACUUCACAUAGGUUUGAGGUUGGACUUCAAAGUUGUUUCCAGUUUGGUUCUGCUAUGUGCAUCAAGUUAUGAUUGGUGUAGAGACUGUGGUUGGUGUGGCCGGCUUUUGCUUCCCUGUCUCUUGGAGCUCCGGUCACCAAGUCUAUGUUUUGGUGUAUGAAGUGGGGCUUCUAUCGUAUGCUUCAGGUGCAAGGACAAGCAAGAUUUUUACUCUGGCUGGAUUAUUUGCUAUCGUCUCUGCUGGUCAUUAAUUGUGCACCGAAACUACUGAAAUGAUCUGCCCUUGGUUUUGAUGUACUACUUGCUUCUUUUCUUCCUUUUUUGUUAAUUGGAGCAAAAAUGUUCAUCAGCUAGAUAAUUACAGAUUCUGAUAAGGUAGUAUUUCUAUAUGUUUA